AUGUCCUCAAAUAUUCAAGUUCAAGAAAAUAUUGAAAAAGAUACUUCAAUUGAUUACCCAUCACCAACUUCACCAUCAGUUUCAAAAACCCAAUCAAAAGAAUCAUCAAUUGAAAAAGUACCUCAACAACAUAAUUUUACAAAAGUUGGAAUUUUUAAACCUGCUUAUUUUAGUAGAGCCAUUUUUAAACAAUUAGAAAAUUUACAAAUUUCUAAAACUCAAUUUUUUGAAGAUUUAAAAAACCAAUUAGAAUUAGAAAACCAAUGUCAAUUAGAAAAUCCUUGUAAAGAUAAUAAUGAUUUAUUUUACAAUUCACAAUUUGAAUAUUUUACCGAUUUUAUCCAUGUUUUUCAUAGGAAAGCAACCACCAAUAAAGAAGAUUUCAAAACUCGGUAUUUUACUGAAUUUAUUCAUAAUUUUAAUCAAGUUACUGAUGUGACUAAAGAAGACUUCCAACUUCAAUACUUCACUGAAUUUAUUCAUAAUUUUAAUCAAGUUACUGAUGUAACUAAAGAAGACUUCCAACUUCAAUACUUCACUGAAUUUAUUCAUAAUUUUAAUCAAGUUACUGAUGUAAUUAAAGAAGACUUCCAAAUUCAACACUUCACUGAAUUUAUUCAUAAUUUUGAUCAAGUUACUGAUGUAACUAAAGAAGACUUCCAACUUCAAUACUUCACUGAAUUUAUUCAUAAUUUUAAUCAAGUUACUGAUGUAACUAAAGAAGACUUCCAAAUUCAAUAUUUCAAUGAUUUUGUUCAUUUUUUAGAUCAAAUUGCUGAUUCAGCUACAGCUACUUCAUCAUCAGCAUCAGCAUCAGCAUCAUCAUCAUCAAAUUUAAACAAUGCUCCUCACAAAACAGAUAAAGUUAUUCAAUUCAUUCAUAAUCCAAUAAAACCUAAUCAAAAAAAAUUAGGUAAAUUAGAAAAAAUAAAAAACUUUAUAAAGUAUGGUACAACUAAAGGAAAAGAAACUCAAGAUAUUCCAAAUCAUGUAGAAGAAUACGUUUUAAAUAAAAUAAAAAUUGCAAAAAAUACAAAAAAUAAAAUUGAUAUUUCAUCAAUUGCAGAAACAUUAAAACAAGAACAAUUAACUCAAGAAGAGUUAGAUUACUGCUUAUACAAAAUAUAUUCAAGUAGUUGUAAAAAAUCAAUACAAACAACUUUUAAAAAGUUAUUUAAAAGAAAUAAAAACAAAAAGGAACCUCCAAUUAAAGGAUGUUUAAAAAUCUCAUAUAAUCCAAAUUACAGUUCAGAAAAGAAAAUCUCUGAAGAAGCAGAUUCACAAACAAUAGAAAAAUUUAUGUCUGAAUUAAUUUAUCGAGAAAAUAGAGGAUUAGAUCCAAUUUACAAAAGAAAUAUUAAAAAUACUCAAUUACAACAAGUUCAAAAUUAUUAUGGUGACAAUGUUGAAGUAUAUUUAGAACAAUAA